CCCGGGGUGGAUGCGUCUCCUCCGGGACAGGCUCCCCGGGCAAGUUUGCAGCCAGGAGCGGCCGCACAGAGGCUGAAGCUCUGUGGGAGAGCCCCGGGGACGCGCUCGGACCCCUCCGAAGAAAGCCAUGGCCGACAGCCAGAUGCCCUUCUCCUGCCAUUACCCCGGCAGGCGCAGCGUCCGCGACCCUUUCCGGGAGCCCGGCUUGACCUCGCGCCUGCUGGACGAUGAUUUCGGCAUGUCGCCCUUCCCCGGGGACCUGACGGCGGACUGGCCCGACUGGGCUCGACCCCGGCUUACCACUACCUGGCCGGGUCCCCUACGUGCCGGCAUGGCCCGAGCCUCCACCAUGGCCCCCGGUUACGGUUCCCGUUUCGGGGGGUACCCCGAGAGCCGCAGCCCCGUGCCUUUUCCCCGCGAGCCCUGGAAGGUGUGCGUCAACGUGCACAGCUUCAAACCCGAGGAGCUGACGGUCAAAACCAAGGAUGGCUACGUUGAGGUGUCAGGCAAACACGAGGAGCAGCAGGUGGAAGGAGGGAUCGUCUCCAAGAACUUCACCAAGAAAAUCCAGCUGCCCUACGAGGUGGACCCCAUCACGGUCUUCGCCUCUUUGUCGCCAGAGGGGCUGCUGAUCAUCGAGGCACCCCAGAUCCCCCCCUACCAGCCGUACAGCGAGGGCGGCUGCAGCAGCGAGAUCCCCGUCGAGACCCAGGAGCCCACCUGCGCCUGACCGGCCACCCGCAUCCCUCCCGCACCCCGGCAUCCC